GUCCUGGCUCGCACUGGCCGCUUUUGCCCGUGAACUCCCGGUUUCUCCCUCCCCUAGGCUCUGGUGACUUUCUCUGUAACCUGACUUUUCAGUCUCAAAAUGACUUCUGCAACCAUGAGUCCACUUGUGCAGCCCGAGCCCACAGACCCAGCCCGAAGACCAGCUGCGGGUGGUGGCCGUCUGCCCUCCAGAUAGGCUCGUCCCUUUUUUUGUUUUUAUUGGCUGCAAAUUAUGUUUAGGAGCCGUUCCAAAUUGCCCACAUCUAGCCACAUUUCUUCUUACGUCAAAUGCUAUUCCUUCCCUCUUAGAAUUGUCAUGGAGUCUUUCCACUACCUACCCCUCUCUUCCGUAUACACAGAAUCGUAUUUAUAUCCGAGUUUUGAAAAAAAAAGAGCCGGCCUCCCAAAUGCUGCUUUCACUUUUGCUUCCAAGUCAGGGUCAGAGGAUACAUAUUAUCAGCCCCGUGCCCUGGAGAAGCAUGCCGACAGCAUCCUGGCACUGGCUUCAGUCUUCUGGUCCAUCUCUUACUACUCCUCUCCCUUCGCCAUCUUCUACCUGUACAGGAAAGGUUACUUGAGUUUGUCCAAAGUGGUGCCGUUUUCUCACUAUGCUGGGACAUUGCUGCUUCUGCUGGCAGGUGUGGCCUGCCUCCGAGGCAUUGGACGCUGGACCAAUCCCCAGUACCGACAGUUCAUCACCAUUUUGGAAGCCACACAUCGGAACCAGUCUGUAGAAAACAAGAGGCAGCUGGCCAACUAUAACUUCGACUUCAGGAGCUGGCCAGUCGACUUCCACUGGGAGGAGCCCAGCAGCCGGAAGGGAUCCCGAGGUGGCCCUUCCCGCAGGGGUGUGGCCCUGCUCCGCCCAGAGCCUCUGCACCGGGGAACAGCAGACACAUUCCUCAACAGGGUCAAGAAGCUGCCUUGUCAGAUCACCAGCUACCUGGUGGCACACACCCUGGGGCGCCGGAUGCUGUACCCAGGCUCUGUGUACCUGCUCCAGAAGGCCCUCAUGCCUGUGCUGCUGCAGGGCCAGGCCCGACUGGUGGAAGAGUGUAAUGGGCGCCGGGCAAAACUACUCGCCUGUGAUGGUAACGAGAUUGACACCAUGUUUGUGGACCGGCGGGGGACAGCUGAGCCCCAGGGGCAGAAGCUGGUGAUCUGCUGUGAGGGAAAUGCGGGCUUCUAUGAGGUGGGCUGUGUCUCCACACCCCUGGAAGCUGGCUAUUCCGUCCUGGGCUGGAAUCAUCCAGGCUUUGCUGGAAGCACGGGGGUGCCGUUCCCACAGAAUGAGGCCAAUGCCAUGGACGUGGUGGUUCAGUUUGCCAUCCACCGCCUGGGCUUCCAGCCCCAGGACAUUGUCAUCUACGCCUGGUCCAUCGGAGGCUUCACUGGUACGUGGGCAGCCAUGUCCUACCCAGACAUUAGUGCUGUCAUUCUGGAUGCCUCCUUCGACGACCUGGUGCCCUUGGCCCUGAAAGUCAUGCCAGACAGCUGGAGUGAGUGCGUCUCUCUUGCAGAUUCCUGGCUCUCUGAGCUCUCCUCCUGCUCUCUGUCCUGAAGGUUCCAGGGCCCUGUGCUGCUGAUCCGAAGAACCAAGGAUGAGAUCAUCACCACCACGGUCCCUGAAGACAUCAUGUCCAACAGAGGCAAUGACCUCCUGCUCAAGCUCCUGCAGUUCCGGUAUCCUCGCGUGAUGGUGGAGGAGGGGCUCAGAGCCGUGAGGCAGUGGCUGGAGGCCUCCUCCCAGCUAGAGGGGCCAGCCUCAGUUUACAGUCGAUGGGAGGUGGAGGAGGACUGGUGUCUGUCUGUGCUUCGCUCCUACCAGGCGGAACAUGGGCCCGAUUUCCCCUGGAGUGUGGGGGAGGACAUGAGUGCGGAUGGACGGAGGCAGCUGGCGCUGUUUCUGGCCCGGAAGCAUCUGCACAACUUUGACGCCACACACUGCACCCCACUCCCAGCCGAGCAUUUCCAGAUGCCCUGGCACCUCUAGGGACCGCACUUGGACUCUUGUGGAAGGCAGGACGGGAGGGGGACACUUGUGGUCCUCUCUGUUCGUGUUCUCUUUGUAGUCUGGGCAGCGGGGAUGCUCCCCUCUGACCACGGUCCUCUUGCACGUUUCCCCUCAUCCACGUGGAAGCACUUAGCUCUCCCCAUAUACAUCCUGCAUUAAAUGAAUGAUUUAUUCCUAAUAAUUAAUAAAAAUGUAUUUUUUCUACUA